UGUCAAGAUCAGCCUCCCUACCCUGAUUAAAAAUUUUGAAAAGACGCUCUAAAACUGUCCGCUGACCAGAUACUUCGGCGCAAAUGUUUUCACGAAAUUUCAGGUUCGUUCGCAGUGGACUUCUUCUGAAAUGUUUUUCUUUGGAAAUAAUUUUUUUACGACAAUCACGUGAAAUUUCUGGGUCUAAAUGUAACCGCCUACGUUGUGCACAAAAUUUAAACGUUGUUAGUCUUAGAACUAGCACAAGAAACAUGCCAAAGAAAGCAAAAGUCGCCCGAGGUACACAACAAUCUCACGAUCCAGAUCCACUGAAACAAGGGGGAGAAGAAGGCACUAAAGCAGCAAUUUCCUUGAACAAAGACGGCCAAAUCUACGUAAAAUUUGUGGCAAAACCUGGCGCAAAGCAAAGCAAUAUCACAGAUAUUUCUGCCGAUGGUGUUGGAGUACAGAUAGCAGCCCCAGCAAGGGAAGGUGAGGCCAAUGAGGAACUGGUGCGUUUCUUAGCAGAUAUCCUCAACGUAAAGAAAAGAAGCAUCUCCCUGGACAAGGGAAAAAAGUCAAGACAGAAGAUGGUGACAAUUGACUCUACUGAAACCAGUGUGGACCAAGUCAGGGAAAGACUUUCAAGAGAGGCAUCACAUGAGUAAUGAAACACCACCUGUGGUGUAGUUCAAAACCAACUACAAGCUGCUGUUAUAGUAUCUGCUAGUUUGACAGAAUACAGUCACCAAAGGUCCUAGAAAGGGAGUCCUUUGGAUAGGAUAUAAUGGCAUAAGGGCUUGAUGUUUCUUUUGUGAUGCCUAUAAUUCAGUUACCAAGUUGUUCACACUGCACCUAAAAGUGCGGUAUGGACAGCCUGUGAACAGAAUUACGUGUAACUCCAAAUACUGCAGGGAGGUUUCAGUGACAGUGAGUGAGUGGAUUGGCACACAGUAAGAACAAAAACAACCCUUGGUAUUGUGAACAGGUGGUUGUUAUAGGGAGCUGGAUGUUAGUGGACACUUGACUAUAGGCAAAGCUAUGAAAAAAAUCAAAGCUAGGACCAAAGGCAUCAAUAAUUAUACAUGUACAGCUGUAAGUGGAAUUUGCUGCAUUUAAAUUAGUUAAAUAAAUGGUACAUAAAUGAAAGUAAAAA